UAUAGCCAUCACUGUCAAAUUCGUAGUCACAAUUGCAGAAUUAUGCAUCAAAUUUGGACGGUGCCUCUGAGUAGGCACUGCAGUAUAAUACAGAGUUGUUAAUGGGUUUAAAAGCUGGUAUCGAAAGGCUAAAAAGGUCAAUGUGGCUUAGCGUUAUCGUAGUGCUGGUCUCCGCGGCUGGUGGUGGAGCUGGUGCUCGUUACAGCGAGUAUUCAGGUGUGAAGAUGCCGCAGUACGAAGGGGGAGACUAUGACGCAUCAAGAGAUGCUGCAGCCUUAUUUAUUCCUGAGUCGGAAGACUAUAACGGCCACUCCCCAGAUGCACCAGCGCCAUUUGAUUACAAAUAUGAGGAGCCCAAAGAAAAUUCAAUGAAAUCAUCAUCAAAAGAAGAGGAAAUUGAGGAUCCGUGGCAGAAACCUAUUAGAAAAUAUAAAAGUCGUAAUAAUGACUACUAUGAAACAGAUAAGCAUAGUCCAGAAGAUAUAGCAACUAGAUAUAAAAGUAGCCAUCGAUUCGAAAAGCAUAGGCCUCGCCAUAAAAGUUGGAUAUCUGAUAGAAACGUACGCUUAAAUAAUUAUAAUAGAGAUGGAAAUAACGAAAUUAGAGAUACGGAAAGGGACGAGAUUAUUAGUGAUAACGUAGAUUAUCGAAAGAAUAAGAAUAAAAACUUGCAGGAUAAUUAUAAAUACGAUCUUGAAAUUACAACGAAUAGAAUAAUACGAAGAAAACCUAGACGUUUAGCUGGGGAACAAAAGCCAAGUAGAUCGGUCCUUGACAUACAUGAUAAUAUUGAAGAUAUAUUACCAGAUUCACGACUAAGAGAGGACGAGGAUGCUGACGAAGAAUCUAGGUCAGAUAUACCGUUACGACAGCGAAAGGGCGAUAGUCCUUUUCGUCAGUCUGAUGAUGACGACGUUAUCGUUAAACUACACAAGAAAAAAACUAAACCAGGAGCGUAUCCUGAAUAUAACGACUACUAUGAUAUGAAAAGAGUACAUAAUAUUAAAAAUAAGUUACCUACUUUACUUCGUCGGACAAAAGUGAGGGCGGAUACACCGACACCAACACUGCUGUUCGAAGACUUUCGUCGGAUAAAUGAGGAGGACUUCAUCAGAACUGCAGUGGUCACGGAAGAAUCUAAGACUACUUAUUGCACUACAGAAAGUGCAACUACAACGACGAUAUCCAUUACCACAACAACAGCGGCACUAAGUGUAUCCACAAAUAGUUCAAAAGAAUUAUCAUUAGCUGAGAAAUCUAGGUUGUCGAUACUUAAGAAAGCUCAGAGAAAGGAGAGCUUCAAAAGCAUGACAACGACGAAGCCGCCAGUUCUGUUGCAGGUAACGAAGAAGUUACCAACGGUAGUAAUGGUGGAACCUGCCGGCACUGACGUACCUUCGUUGCGUGCAAGGGAGGUCAUGAAUGACUCUCCGGAGCAUCUCGAUAAAGUAAAACGACUGAUGAGGAAUAAGCUGAUCGCCAGUGCCAAAAAUAUUCAAGAUUUAACAGACAAUUGGGACGAUUUGGUUUGCGACUAUAUCGAUACCUCCCUACUGGAGAACGAGGCGUCACUGCUAUUUACAAAUUUAGAUGUACUCGUAUUAAUUCCAUUAGUCGGAGUUAUUUUCUGGUUCGUGUAGUGAUGUUUAAUUUAGUAUCGAAUUCAUAUUAGCUUUGUGCUUUUGUAAUACGAUAAGUGUUGUUUAUAUUACAAUGAAUUUCAACUGCAACGUGAUGUUUUCAUUGUUCGACGAAAAUAGUGUCGAUAGGGAUAAAGUAUCCGAUACAAUGUGAUACUGUUGUGCAUUUGAGGAAUUUAAACGUUAUGAUUUCUCAUUAGUUUGAUU